UAAAGGUACUGCCCCUUUAAAGCGCUGAUCCUCACGCUGAUCCUUGAUAAAAUCCAUAAACUUAUCGCUAUAUUAAAACUUGUAUAAGCAAACCUACGUAACAGUUUCGAUCUCGUCAUUUAUAAAUGGCGCUACUCUUCCUAUCAUCUGAACAAACAAAGUAUUAUCAUUCGUGUUACGCGGCAGCGCCUCGAGUUCGUAUUUGACCACGUUUCGCUCGAAAUUAGCGACGCCGCGUCUGCGUAGAACAGUCCAUUCGCGAAUCAAUACCCUUCAACGAAACUUGUCUCUCGCGAUCCGAGCGUUUCGGUCAGUUUUCGGUGUUGUUUUCGGUCAGGGAUCAUCGACGGCUGGAACGAGAGGGGAAGAUCGAAAUCUCGCUCAGCCCGCGCGACGCAGUACUCGUUUACGUCAGUCGUUACCGAGCCUCGGUUGCGGUCGCAGCCCUAACCGAAUCUGUUCUUUUUUUUCCAACGAGAGCUUUGUCGAGCUCGUUGACGGUCAUUCGGCUCAAUUGAGAGUAACGAUUUCCGGCGAGGCACCGUCGUCGCGCGUUCCAAAACGCGUACGACGAGGACGACGUACGACGAGAAGCGCCGGGAAACGCACUCGAUGAUCGCGACGCGGCACUCGACGUUCGUGGUUCCUCGCGUUACGACAUGCUCCCGCGAACGAGCAAAGUACCGAGCCUGGAUCCGAGGUCCAAGAAAAAAUCCCGCUUCCUCGACUACGUGUGCCGUCGGUCCAACCUCGCUCUGCUGCUGCUGCCGAUCGCGCUUCUGGCCAGCCUCUACGCGGUCUCCUCCGACAAGAACUUCACGUUCGAGCCUCGUCUCGCGUUCUACGGCUCCUACAACGUCGCGGAAGGAACGGUGGACGGCUACCUGGUGUGGAACUCUCGAUGCCAGAUGCUGUCGAAGGACCCGCUGGACCCGUCGAUCCGGGCCUACGUGAAGAAGGAAAAGUAUCAAAAUUGCUCGAACAAGCCUCUGCUCAGCGGAGUGUCGCGCGACGAGAACGGCAGCGUGCUUCUGCACCUGAACCCGACCGACCUGCCUCCCGGCCUCGAGUGCUGCUGGGCGUCUAUCUAUCGCCCCAGCGACGAGCCGUCCGAACAGAUCAAACGGCCCGCCAACGUAGACUCGUCGAUCGUGGUGAAACGGUGCGAGCGAUUCGAGCGGGAAGCUAGGCUGCCCGAGGACGCGCGAGCGGUCAUGGUGAGCUGCACCGCCAAGUGGAAAAAGCCCGUCUACCAGAACGUUCACGCGAUACUCGGCGUCGAAAAGGUCCGAGAUCGCUUGCGACGUAAUAGGACCAGCGACGGUCCGCUGUCCAGAAAGUUGAGCGUCUUGCUGCUCGGCAUCGACAGUGUUAGCCGCCUAAACUUUAUACGCAGCGCGCCUAACACGGAGAGAUACCUGCGCGAGACCGGAUGGGUCCGCAUGAACGGGUACAACAAGAUGGGAGACAACACCUUCCCGAACCUGAUGGCGAUCCUCACCGGACAGAGCCAAGCGCAGGCUUACUCCAGGUGCAAGCCUACCGUGCCGCACAAGCUCGACCAGUGCCCGUUUAUUUGGCGGAACUUCCGCGACGCGGGCUACGCCACCGCGUACGGCGAGGACGAGACUAGCUUAAACACCUUCAACUACCUCAAAACCGGCUUCGUGGAACCCCCGACCGACUACUAUCUGCGUCCGUACAUGCUCGCUUGCGAGAAGCUGCUGAAGACCAAGAGAAGAUUCGGCCUAAAGUACUGUACCGGCCCGGAGUCCAGCUUCGACAGGAUUCUGGACUACGCGGUCGAGUUUGCGCGAGCGUUUCUAGGCCUGCCGUACUUCGGGCUGUUCUGGACCAUCAGCGCCAGCCACGAGAACGCGAACGGGCUGUCGUCGAUGGACGACCAGCUGCUGGACAAGAUGAAGACGCUGGAGCGAGAGGGGGUGCUGAACGACUCGAUGAUCGUGUUGCUGAGCGAUCACGGCAUGCGGUGGGGUCCGAUACGGAGCACCUUCGUCGGCUGGUACGAGGAGAGGCUGCCGUUUCUGUACCUGUGGCUGCCGGAGUGGUUUCGGGAGGAGUUGCCGGACGCGUAUCCGUCGCUGCAGACGAAUCAGCACCGUCUGGCCUCGCCGUUCGACCUGUAUCAGACGCUUAGACAAGUGCUGGAGCUCUCGGGAGGUCGAGCGGACCCGUCGCCGGGGUGUCCGGAUUGUCAUAGCUUGCUUGAGCCGCUGCCCCGCGAGCGAGGGUGCUCCGACGUCGGCGUCUCCUGGUGCACCUGCACCGCGUUCGAGCCGGUGGAUAUGGAUGAUCCAUUGGUUCAACGAGGAGCGGAGUUCUUCCUGGACCACGUGGAGAGGCUGCUGGCUACUUACAAGGACCGCAAGGGCAGACGACUGUGCGCGAAGCUGAGGCUGAAGAAGAUGCUGCGAGCGGAUCGCGCGGUCGACUCGAGCAGUUACGCCUAUUUUUACACUAUUCAGGUCAGUCCGGGUGACGGCAAGUUCGAGGUCACCGUGCGGUACCACAACGGGACGUACAGCGUGUCCGACCACGACGUCAGCCGGAUCAACUCUUACGCGAUCGCCGCCAAGUGUCUCGAUCGCGGUAUGAAACAGUAUUGCUAUUGCCUCCGAUAGACUCGGGUCUAAAUUCGGGACAGUGGAAUCGGUGCCAAAAUCCCUGCUACAGGAUCUUUCGCAUUCGCCAAAAACGCUCGCAUAUGUACAGGUAUAUUUUACUACGUCUAAACGCAAGUUUUACACCAAAGACGCGUGAGGAAUCGGAUCGAGGCGCGAAUCGAUCCGCGUGACCAAUAAAUCGCGUUUAACAAGGAA